UUACACAGAAACUACUCUUCCUGUUGGUAUUAGACAUCUCUUUUUUUUGAUACAUGUAAAGAAAGAGUUGUCAAAUUUGACAUCCAUAGAUUUUUUCUUUUUGAUAUUUGCUUGAAAUCAAGAUGGUAAAAGUUAAGUGCUCAGAAUUAAGGACGAAGGAUAAAAAAGAGUUGCAGAAGCAACUCGAUGACUUGAAAAUGGAGCUCUUGAAUCUUCGAGUAGCCAAGGUUACGGGAGGUGCUCCAUCAAAAUUAUCCAAAAUACGUGUUGUCCGGAAAGCUAUUGCUCGUGUAUACAUUGUGAUGCACCAAAAUCAAAAGGAUAAUUUAAGGAAAUUAUACAAAAACAAAAAGUUCAAGCCACUUGAUUUAAGACAGAAGAAAACUCGCGCUAUGCGUAAGGCUUUAUCUCCAAGAGAUGCUAACAGAAAAACAUUGAAAGAAAUUAGAAAGCGAUCCAUUUUUCCUGUAAGAAAAUUUGCAGUCAAAGCAUAGUUAUUUCUUGAACAAUAAAAAUUUCAAAUAUAUGUGAAAAAAAUUAA